UAGGUGAUUUUCUUUAUGAAUAAUAAUAAUAAUCCAAACAAAAAUUAAUCCUUGGCUUAUAGCAUUGAGCAGAGUAUGUGAUCAACAUACAUUGAAUUCUAUUACCAAUCUCAAUCAUUUGGUAAUUUUCACUAAUCCAUUGAACCUUGAAUAAAUUUCCAAAUAAGUGCAUUUUUUGUAGCACAGUAUAAAAGGCUAAGUUAUUAUGUUAACAUUCUUGUACACACAAUGGAAAAUGAAAGAAAGAAAAAGGUGAGUGAAUGUGAAUUACCAAAGCAAAUUAAGUAUAGAGGAGUGAGGAUAAGGCCAUGGGGAAAAUUUGCUGCAGAGAUUCGAGAUUCGGCUAGGCAUGGUGCUCGAGUUUGGCUUGGUACAUUUAACACUGCUGAGGAAGCUGCAAGAGCUUAUGAUCGCGCUGCUUUUGAUAUGAGAGGUUCUUCUGCUAUUCUCAAUUUUCCUCAAGAACAUUUUCCAAGCAAUGUGGCUUCUAAUCCCUCUUCUUCAUCCAAUUCAACCUCAUCAUCAUCUUCAACGGUUAAAUCGGAGCUUGGUGAACAAAUUAUAGAGUUUGAGUAUUUGGAUGAAAAAUUAUUAGAGGAACUCUUGGAUCCUGAGAAUACCAUCAAUAACAACUGGUUCAAGUAGGAGUUACUUGACUUAGGGAGGAGUAUUCUUGUUCUACUUUUUAUCCUAAAUUAGUACUUAAUGUCGACUUAGUACUUUGUAAUAAAAUUGUUUUGUUGUUA